AUGUUACUAUGUUUUUUUCUAGAUGGAAGUUGUCGGGCUGUUCGCUAUCAAGAGCGAAUAGAAAACAAGGUUUUAACCAAUUACGUCUUCAAAAGCUACCGGGGAAUUAACGAGGAGAUGUGCGAGGUAAAUUGCUUUUUAGAACUGGGGUGCGUGUCCUAUAAUCACGGUACAAUGGACGAUGGACUGUUUCUGUGUGAGCUGAAUGACAGAGAGCACAUGGAAGUGCCUUCGAGUGAACUGGUGACAAAAGACGGGUUUAUAUAUCAUGCAAUAUCAAUAGUAAGUGGCAAAUUAAGCUUGUGUUAUUCAUUAAUGAGGAACCUGCUUCCUUGAAAUUAACUUAGACUCUCUUUAUUUUGAAUCAUAAACUCAAAAGCGUUGAUGACACUGAUACCGCUUGCAAAUUAUUAUUAUUUUUUAUCUUAUCUUUUCUUUUUCUUUUUUUUUUUUCUUUUUCAGAACUUUUGUACCAGUAAUCCUUGCUCAAGCAACUCAACUUGUCAAACAGGAUUUGGCAAGCAAGGGUUUCGCUGUUUGUGUCCACGCGGUUAUCUUGGCGACAAUUGUGAAUUGGGUAAAUGAGUAUAAAACAAAUAAAUCGAUUAAUAGAGGAAGAGAGGAAUAGUUAAAUAAGUGAAUGAAUGAACGAAUUGAAGAACAAAGAGAUAUCGAGACAGAACGAUUUAUUCUGCACAUGUCUACUGAUAAACUGAAAAUACUGACCUUUUCGAACUCAACUAUAGAAGUAAUAUAUAUUUUUUCCUUUGUUUAAAAAUGUUGAUGAAUGCAGCUCGUCUAAACAUAAUAACUGUUCAUCUAAUGCUGACUGUUCUAAUUUAUCUGGCUCUUUUAAAUGCCAUUGCAAAUCUGGAUACACAGGAGAUGGCGUGGAUUGUGCUGGUAGGAUUCUUGAAUCUUAGUUAAGAGUUCCCCUUGAGUCGUUUCAUAUAAUCACCUUCUUACAUUUAACUCUGAUACCAUUUCACAGAAUUAGCUGACUGCAAGGAUGUUUUAAAAGUGACUGGGAUAUACCACAUUACGAAUCACGGACCGGAGUCAUUUCCCGUUUAUUGCGAUCAGUCUGAUGAUGGAGGAGGUAAUAGACUGUAGCUUAAUUGUUCAGUGUAUAAUUGUAAAAGAACAUAAUACGGAGGGCCCAAACCACCCAACAGAGGGUUCUUCAAAGAGUGGAAAGUUUGGUUAAUUUGCAAUAACAUUUUGCCUCAAACAAAAACUUAAAAUUACGUGGUCAACAUCCGAGAUCUAUCGGGUUAGUUUGGUCAAGAAAGUAAAAGAAAAAGUAAAUGAUACACAAAUAUAGCCUGAAUGAUUCCUUUUAAGGGUGGUUUGGCGUCACCGUGGACGAAAAUGUUGAAUAGGUAGAUCUUACUAAGCUUAACAUCAGACUCUCCUUUAAUGUACCGAAACAAUACAAAACUUGAAGCUACUGGGAACUAAAAAAAAUAAUAUUAAUAAUAAUAAUAAAAAAAAAUCUGGCUGCAUAUUCUUGUUUCUUAGAAUUCCACAAUUUAUAUCUGACAUAAUACACACUCUUUUCCGCCAAUUUAUGCACACAUCAUUGUUUUUAAAUGCUUCCCGACAGAUUACAUAUUCCCAAAAGAAUUAAUUUGAAGACAGCAAUUUAAGCAUUUAUACUACUACAUGACAAAUUUCUGCAAUUUUAUUGGCUUAGAGCAGUGGGAUUUCAGCUUAAUUUGAAAUACCUACAUGUGAAAAUUACAAACCUUUUGUGGGUAGUAGUAUAAACAAAUAAUAGCAUGAUUUGUACGUGAUAAUUGGCAUAAAUACCACUCGUGAUAUUUCAAAAUUGUCUCAAAUUUCACCCCCCUAACGGCUCAAGAAAUUACGUACAACAAUUUCGAAAUAUCACUCGUGGUAUUUAUGCCAAAUAUCACUACAAAUCAUGCUAUUACCUAUACAAAUGUUUUUUUUUUUUUUUGGGGGGGUUGGGGCAAACAUAGUUUAUUAUGUUCAAUCGAAAAAUAUAUAGUCAAUAGGUCACUUUGCGCCUUUUUGUCCUUUGGUGAAUAGCAGGCAUAUGUACUUUGCCUUGCCUUUUUUUUUUUUUUCCUCUUGUAGGGUGGACGAUGGUAUUCAAAAUCGUAGGCGGCGUAGCACCUGAGAAUGUCGACGAUGUGUGGACGUCGUCGGACACAGUCUCAGAAAAUGUAAAUGCUGCCUUAGACGUAACUACAGGUCACCAAGGACACUACAAAAAUCGUAUUAUACAGAACUGGGAGGCAUUCAACCCCCGGGAGGUUUGUUUACACUCUCAUAAAAUGUCGAAGUGGAAGCUUAAAGCCACAAUAAGAACAAACUAGAUCAGAGAUCCUAGCUGCAUAUUUUUAUAUAUUCAUGACUGAAGAAGUGAAAUCGAAUUGAAUAUUUUCUCUUGUAAUAAAAAUUGUUUCUUUUGCAAAUUUAAGCUCAUUAAAAAGGAGAAUUUUAGAUUUAAAUUUUAAUGCGUUUACAGAAU